AUGCUCGAAUCAAUAAAAGUCACUGAAAGGCUCCAUUGGCCAGAGAUGGAGCAGUCUAAGAAGUACCUCCUGAGCUCGACAGUGCCGGUAAAGAUGGAGAUCUCUAAGAAGUACUCAAGCCCCACUGUGCCGGACAAGCAGCCUCUGAGCCCCACUCAGGUGUGUCUGGAGAAGCUGUCCUCCAGCAUCCUCAAGGACCUCUUCACCACAGGAACCAGCAGCUACAAUGUGCUCCUGCAGGGCGAGGAGGAGGAGAGACAGAGCCCAAAGCACUCCCCGUACCGCAGGCCCAAGAAGACUGUGAGAUGUGCCUCUACAUCCAGCAGGUCACAUGAUAACCACCGCCAUCCGUCUGUAACUCCUCUGUUACUGUUGGGCCAGCAGGGCAGCGGAGACACCAGGAACACCAGGCACUCCUCCCACCACCAUGUCUUCUCCUCCGCCUCAGGGGGCUUCGCCAGCGGACAAAAGGCAGCCCACAGCAUCACGGUCCUGGGUAGCACCAUGGGCCUGUCCCCCCGCCCUGUUGCCGGGCCACGGAAGACCUGCUUUUCCAGCUCACCCCGUACCAAGCUGCCCUCGCUGCCCAGAGGAGGGGCAAUGCGGGAAGGGGAGAACGCCGGAAUCAAGAAGCUUUGCAUCCUCACUGCCAUCAAGCCAUCCAAUGUGGAGAAGGAGAAGGUGAAGUUCUUCAAGUCUGACUUUAGCUACAAUCCUCAGUUUGAGUACAGCAACCCCGUGUCUCCGCUGGUGCUGGCUCGCCACAACAAUGCCUCCGACCGCUUCCUGACACAGGCGGUGCGUAUCAUGGAGUUGGCCCUCCAGAAGUAUGGGAAUUAUGAGAAGUUUGAGCAAGCCACAGGAGGCAACCUGCUCACCAAGUGCCGUAUCUGGUACCUGGUCAAGAAGUACAUGGAAAAGGAGGGUUGUAUUGGGGAGAUAGUGGUCAACGUGACAGAUGACCUCCUCUCCAGAGCGUCCAUGACGGUGGUGAACAGCCGGCCCACUCUGACCAUCAACAUUGCCACAGCCCGGGAACACUGGUUGGAGGGCAUGCUACGACACGAGAUCGGCACACACUACUUCCGGGGCAUCAACAACACCCAGCAGCCGUGGAACAGCGGAGUCGGCAGGAAGAAGCACAACCUCCGACCUUUGAACCCCACGGAGGAGGGGCUGGCCAGCAUCCAUUCUGUCCUGUUCCGUAAGGACCCUACCCUGUGGAGGGCUGCCUUGCUCUACUACACUGUGUACCAGGCCAGCCGCAUGUCCUUCUCUCAGCUGUUCCACAGCCUGGGAUGCUUCGUCCAGGACCCCAACACACGCUGGGACUAUUGUGUACGAGCCAAGAGGGGACAGACCAACACCGCACAGCCAGGUUGUUUCAGUAAGGACCAGGUUUACCUGGAUGGCAUCCUGAAGAUUCUGAGACACAGAGAGAAGAUUGACUUCCAGCUGCUAAUGUCCCUGGGGAAGGUGUCGUACGAGGACGUGGAUCGGCUGAAAGGCCUGGCGCAGAUGGAGCCCGUGAGGAUACCUCACUUCCUGCAGGACACAGCGUGCUACGCUGAACAGCUGGAGAAGAUUAUGGAGGUCAACCAGCUGACUGACGAGGAGCUCGGGGUGCUCAUCCGAGAGGACUAGUGGGCCUGCACACUCAGUUACUCCAGCACAUAGCUUUUAUAGGUUAACAGCAACCGGACCAAGAUCCAUUUGGGAUUGAAACGUUUUGUAAAUAACAAAGGCAUAGAGGUUGUUAUAAGGUUGUUAUAAAGGUAUGUGUUGGAGUACGUGAGUGUGCGGGUUCUUCUGUCCCAGUACCCCAUGAAAAGUGACCAUAUGCUCCUCAUCUGAGCAUACCCAGAAAGAAGUGACCCCUGACCCUCCAGCAUGCCACACUUCCACCGAGCUACUGAGCUACCGAAACCUCAUUAAAGUCAGUGACAUCAUUCACAGUGACAACCCUGCAUCUCUCACUACCAUCCCCAACAGGCAAAAUGGCAUAUGAUGUCAUGAUGAUGUAGUUUCCUGGUUGAAAACGGGUAGCUGUGUGACGUGACAUGACUUGUGCAGCGUACUGUAUUGUAUGUAGGGUUUCCCUCUCCAUCUCUCCAUCUCUCUCUUGCACCCCAAAGCUAAGUGCACUUCUAUUUUCAAUCUUCUGUUCCAAAAACUAAUGGGUUCCUAUGCUUUUACUGUGCCCUUGGUUGGUUGCUGUUCUGAUAGUUGAUGUUCAGGGAAUUACCCAUGAACCAGAGAGAGUGUGUGGUUGUCAGGAUCGGGCUGCAGUAUGAGACAUACAGGAGAGAGAUGGCUAUGGUAUCAUAAAAGCACAACACUGAUUCAUGAUGUGCCAGGUCACAGUGGAGGAAGGCAUGUGGAAGACGCAACCUAACGAAGCACAAGACAGCAGCAUAGUGCUGAGAUAGUAGGAUUGUGAUAGCAUAGAAGUGCAUUGUGGAUCAUAUGUAUUUGUGCCCCGUUGAUGUAUCCGGCAAGAGGUUACCUUGGUGCAGCAGCAUCAAUCUCUACAAACACCCACCGUCUUAAGAUUUGCACUUUUCUCUCCAGAAUUUAUAACC